AUGAGUGGCAGCAACGGCUUUGGGAAAGCGUCUUACUCGCGUGACGCAGGCUUAGGAUCCUCUGGCUCAAUCUCGUCGUCGUUUCUUGGACUCAAAGAUGAACUGGAACGAUCCAAGGCGUCGUCCUCCACUUGGUCGUCGAAACGUAAAUCGUACAAGUCAUCGGAGUCUGAUCUUCAAAGCCGAUCCAAGAAGCUGUCUUCUGCAUUCCUCGAAACCAGCUCUAGUAAAAAGCCAAAACACGAUGCUCGAUGCGACGUCAACGAUUCGAAACGCAAGAAACGAUCCACUCGGCCCAGCGACGCCGAAGCGUCUCGGUCGGAAUUCGAUCGAAUUCGAUCCAACCUGGAACGCAAAGCUCGAAUCUACGACCGGCUUCAAGCUGGAAAGUUCGCAGGCUUCACGAGUGCAGAACUGAAAGAAGGCAGCAUAGAUUGGGAGCGCAAACGACUGGAACCUCAUCCUCCCUCUCGCUCACCCUCCCCGACAGAAACGGCAGAUGAGCCAGUGAUCGAGUACGUGGAUGAAUUCGGUCGAACGCGAAAGAGCCGGUUGAGCGACGUCCCACGAGAACUGCUAAGCAGCAAGUAUGGCGGUGAUCGUCCAGAUGAGCUUGAAAGCGAACCGACGGAUAAUGCAAUUUACGGCCCCGCCAGCAGCUUUCCUGUGUACACGCCCAAGCUGCAUACAGCAGAACGAGACGCACAGCGAGACGCGCACAGCAAACACUUUGAUCCGCACUUUGAUCGACGACAUCGUGGGGCGGCAUUCUACAAAUUCAGCGAAAACGAAGACGAGAGGCGCAUUCAGUUGGAUCAACUCGCCGAGCUCAGGCGCGAGACGGUCAGGCUUCGAAGUGAGUUGGAUACGAGAGAUGGCGAGGAGCGGAAAGCGAGCCGGGGCGAUACCGAAUGCAGUUGA